AAUCCACCUCCUCACUGACGUCGCGCGGCGUGCAGUUUUGUGUUCGUUUCAAGAUUCUUCAGCUCAGUUUAUUUUUUUAAUUCUGGUAAUUCUCAUAAAUUUCUUGAAGAACAAUGGAUAAAUUAUUCCCAGAACAUGAUUGGGACGACAGCCCUGAAAUAAGCAGCUUCAAUUUUACCAAGGAGAAGGUGAACAAAAAAAGUAGGAAGACCAAACCGAAAAGGGACUUCGACUCCUCCACACCCGGUCGGUUUGUGCGUGCACCACUUCCAGAGGAGGAAUUCACAACUGCCAAGUCACUUAAGCGGAAAUCGUCGGAAUGUGUAGAAAACUUGAACGGUGCGCCAAAAAAUCAGAAACGGAAAAUUCAAAGUGCUUCCGCGCUCAAACGAAAUGCCGCAAGUAAUCCACAAGUGCCGAAUGUUACGAAACCAACAAAUUUUCGAGAUAAGUUAGUGGAUAGCUUGAAAGGAUCCCGAUUCCGAUUCAUCAAUGAACAGUUGUACCGAACUACCGGAACUGAAGCCAAACGGUUAUUCCAAGAGGAUCCGAGUGCAUUUCAGGCGUACCACGAAGGAUACCGGCAUCAGAUUGUUCAGUGGUCGGUCAAUCCAUUGGAUCGCAUCAUCAAAAGUUUCAGUAAAUUACCUUCUGACUACGUUGUAGCCGAUUUCGGAUGUGGUGAAGGAAGGCUAGCGGAGGCCAUCGAGCAGAAGGUGUACUCGCUGGACUUGGUAGCUGCCAACAGUAGCGUCAUUGCAUGUGAUAUGGCAAACACCCCUCUGGAAACUAAUUCCAUCAAUGUGGCCGUGUUUUGCCUUUCGCUGAUGGGAACAAAUCUUCGUGAUUUUCUACUGGAAGCCAAUCGAGUUCUGAAAGUUGGUGGUUUAUUGAAAAUUGCUGAAGUAGUUUCACGGUUCGACAACGUCAAAGAAUUUAUCGAUUGCGUGCACAAAUGUGGAUUUCUGUUGGACAACAAAGACUUGAACCAUAAGCUGUUCUAUUUCUUCAACUUUAAAAAGGUACGGACAGUGGAUAAGACAUCGCUCAAAGGUAAGCAUUACAGUUUGAAACCGUGUCUCUACAAGAAACGAUAGUGAGAAGAGGUGUUGAAUAUAUAUGUUGUAAUUGUUUAAAUUA